AUGAUCUCGUCACGGCAGGAGCUGCUGGUGGCUCUUCGCGGCCAGCCACGAGAGCUCGCAGCGAAUUCGAACGCUUCGCAGCGCGAGGCUGCCUCGUGGACACAGCCACCGCAUCCGCCGUUCAUUUCGGAGGACGCGUUUGAUCCAACGGACGAGCUGCCGUGGGUGGAGAAGCUCCUCCAGCUGGCAGCGUGCGUCACGGAGAUCCACCGCUUCUCCCGCCGCCUCCUGGACGCCCGCAGCGCCGCCAUCAGCGCCGCAGCAAGAGCCUCGCUCGCAGCCGCACUCCCAGCCUCACACCCAUCCUCAGCCUCAGCACCAUACAGCGUGGCUGGAGCGACGGGGGGGAUUACCUCAGUGUCAGAAAGUGGACGGGAUGCGUCGCACAGGGUGCUGGCAGGGGCGGCGGGGGGUGCGAGUGGUCUGCAGUGUGCGUUUGCAACGUGUGUGGAGGAGGAGGCGCUGCUGCCGUACACACACGAGGUGGACCGCCUCUUCUCCUCCCCACUCCCCGUGCGAACCAUCUGGGCCAAUCUCUCCGUGUAUGAGCAGCUGCUGACAGGCCUCGUUAGAGUCACAUCCGCCAUAGCGCAAAGCAACCUCACAGGAGCCCAUCUGCUCCGCUAUCUGGAGCAGGAGAGCAGCUUCGGGCCUGACCUACUGUCAAUUGCUCUCGACACGUGCAUCCGCCACUGCCAGUGCGUGUGGGUGGGGCAGCUGGCGCACUGGAUGGCGUUUGGCACCUUGCCCCCCGAUGGCGGCGCCGAGUUCUUCAUCUCCAGGGCUGCACCUGCUGCCCCACCAGCACCCGGGCUCGGUGCAGUGGCGGAGAGCAGAGCAGAGAGGAGGGAGGAGAGGGGAGCGCACGGCAUCGUUUCCUGGGACGAGUACAGCAUCAAUGAGGCACAGCUGCCGCCUGACUUUGCACCUGAAACAGCGGAGGCGGCGCUGUUUGUGGGGCGAGCGAUGCUGCUGCUGCAGGAGGCGGGGCGGCGCAGUGAGGGCGAGCUGAGCGGGCGAGGGGCGGGCAGCAGCAGGCAGCAGAAGCACGAGGCAGACGUGAAGAGGAUCCUGGACAGUGUUCUGGCUCUGCGCAAGGGGCGCACGAAGCACGCAUGGGGCGAGCAGCGGGUGCACGACGUGGUGGAGGCGGCCAGGAAAAGAGCCGCGCGCCGCCUGUGGCAGCUGGUGGUGAGGGAGAGCGACCUAUUUGGCCAUCUCCAUGCAGUGCAUUACUUCCUGCUGGGGGGAGGGGGCGCCUUCAUGCAGAGCGUGUGGCAGUCGCUGAGGGAGGUGCUGGCACAGCCAGACGUGAGGGCUAGGGUUGCCAACGACAAGCUGCAACUGGCUGUUGAGAAGGCAUCAGCAUGCAUCGGGGAGGAGGCGACUCUCAAGUACUUCCGCACAUUCUCCUUCAAGUUCAUCCCCCCUGACCUGACAAGGCCUCAACCAUCUGGUCAACCAUCCGCCCAGCCAUCUGCUCAGCCGUCCGCUCAGCCAUCAGCCCCGCCUGCCACACCAGCUGCGGCAGAGCCAGCACCAGAGGCAGCAGCAGCAGGCCUGUCAAGACUGGGAACAGCAGCCGACAUAGCAGGUGGAACACCAGGGGCAGCAGCAGGAGGAGGAGGAGGAGGAGGAGCAGGGGCAGGAACGGCAGCAUUAGCAAGAGGAGGUGCCGGGGGUCCAGGGUUGGUGGUGACCCCGUUCGACCCGUCUUCUUCACGGCUCAGGGGGGUGGAGUCAGGUGAACGACGCGUGCAGGGGGUGUUGCAGGCUGGCUUGCCCACACCGCAGCAGGGGCCGGGACGCGCACAGGGGGGAGCGCAGGGGCAGGGGCAAGGGCAAGGGCAAGGGCAAGCGCAGGGGCAAGGGCAGGCGCAGGGGAGGGUGGAGGGGCAGGCGCAGCUACAGGGGCGGGGGCAGAGUCAGAGCACCCAGUCAGGAGCAGCUGGCGGUGGCAGCAGCGGCAGUGUGAACUGGUGGGACCGGCUGGAGAUGAACACGCGUGUGGCAUGGCCGCUACAGCUGGUGCUGUCCCCCGCCGCCCUGCAGCGCUACAACAGCGUGGCGGCGUUCCUCUUCCGCCUGCGCCGCGUGGCGCUGGAGCUGCAGCUUGCCUGGCUGCUGCUGUGCAAGGUCAGGCCCGAAGGGGCCAGGAUGCGAGGGCUGCCUGAGAAAGGGCCGCGUGGCGUGGUGGCUGGGAGGGGUGAAGGGGUGAGGGGUGGAGAAGGGGGUUUGAGAGGCGCAGGGGUGGGAGGGGUUCAGGGGAAAGGUAGAGGGGAGGCGGUGGGGAGCGGGAGGGGCGAGGAGGAGGGGCAGAUGAAGCGGACUUGGUCGCUGCCAGCUGGCAGUGGGGAGGCUGUCAGGAGCGGUGGCGUUGAUGCUGGCCCUGCUACCGCUGCUGCUACUGCUGCUGCUGCUGCUGCUGGCUUCACUAGAAGCACAAGUGUGGCGGCAGGCAGUGUGGGAGUGGCGGGGAGUGGGAGAGGGGGCAGCAGUGGAGUGGUGCGCAUAUCGCUGUCAGAGCGCAAGGAGCAUCUGAUGCUGUGCAUGAUGCUCAAGGAGAUGCUGCAGAUCGUCACCAGCCUGCAGACGUACCUCCAUGUGCGUGUGUGCUGCCUGCAUGCGUUUAUGUUCACGCUGCUGCAUAUAUGUGUGCUACUUCCAUGUAUAUGUGCUGGUAAUCUGCAUGUACUUAUGCUACCCUGUUUCGCGACUCUCUGUUUCGCCACUCACUGGUGCCACGCACGCCUGGCCCUCUCUCGUCCCUCACCUCCACAGGCGGACGUGGUGGAGGUGGAGUGGGCGGCCUUCCUCGCCUCCAUCCGAGCCAACCCCGACUUCUCCUUCCUGCUCGCCGCACAUGACCGUUUCCUCGCAUCGUUGGAGCGCCAUGUGAUGCUGGGCAACACACACUUCACGCGCCCGCUGCACUCGCUGCUCGUGCUCGCCAUGAAGCUCUGCCGCCGCCUCCACCACUCUGCACCGCUGCCUCUCCCACUGCUGCAAGACAUGCGCAAGGAGCUGGAUGCGAAGGCGUGUGCGGUGUAUCUGUCGGUGGGGAUGCUGCACCAUUCAGUGUCAACACCGCAAGUGCACAAGCUGCUCACACAGAUCAACUUCAACGGCUACUACUCGCUCUCCACCUCUUGA